UUCUGACGCGCGUGCGCUGGAGUUGUACGGGGAAAGGAGACUUUAUUUUCUCUACGCAUGCGUAGCCUUAAGCGUUUAGCCCCGUGAAGGGUUGCUGUUUCCUUUUCUUUGAGUUUAGUCGGGUGGGAGAUGCUCUCUGAAGCCCUUCUUGUCUCCGACUUGGGUGCCUGAGACAGCAUCUUGUAUGUAUCUUCACUUCCUCGCUGGUCCCCACUCGGUUCCGUACUGCUACAGUGCUGUUAGGAGGCCGGGAAGGCAAAAGACACCUGUAGUCUCCAUCGGCUCUGCGUAGGGGCUACUAACAAGUGUUCCACGUCUGCCACAGAUUCCCUACACGUUUGAAGCGUUGCACAGACAUGUGCCAUGCGGGCAGGUGCCCUGAGCUCAGCUGUCACUUAAGUCACAUGCAUGUGUCACGAGUAAACAGGUCUUCUGUGAAACCUAGCCAGCUUUGUGCAGACCUGCAACCUCUGGCUUGAUUCCAGAUCUUCAAGAACCCAGCAGAGGUUCAACCGUAACCUAUGACUCCUCCCAAAAUAGAGUGUUGGGGAGAGGGUGCUAGGUCAGCCCCAGGUUGCAUUUAAGAACUUUUGCAUCUUAUUUACAUAGUGUCCUUCAGUGGGUAAAGGGGAGUCCCAUGGGUCCCAAGGCGAUCAAACUCUCAGAACCCAGGGGACGGGGGUGGAGCCCUCUGUGCAGCCCUCUGCACAGCCCUGCAGCUGGGGCAGGAAGCGAGAGUGGGGAGGGGGAAGGCCACAGCCCACAGAGUCAAGGCGGGCCCAGGACUUGUGUGGAGACAGAAGGUAAUACCAAAGCUUGAACCCUGAGGCCCUGUUGGCCCCCUGGGCACUGGCCCAGCCCCGGCCUCCAGGAAUGGCCCUUGUGGACCCCGACAUUUUUAAUAAGGACCCUCGAGAACACUAUGAUCUACUGCAACGACUGGGUGGUGGAACUUAUGGAGAAGUAUUCAAGGCUCGCGACAAGGUGUCUAAGGACCUGGUGGCUUUGAAGAUGGUGAAGAUGGAGCCUGAUGAUGACGUCGCCACCCUUCAGAAGGAGAUUCUCAUGCUGAAAACUUGCCGGCACGCCAACAUCGUGGCUUACCAUGGCAGUUACCUCUGGCUGCAGAAGCUGUGGAUCUGCAUGGAAUUCUGUGGAGCUGGUUCUCUCCAGGACAUCUACCAAGUGACUGGCUCUCUGUCCGAGCUCCAGAUCAGCUAUGUGUGCCGGGAAGUGCUUCAGGGACUGGCCUACCUGCAUUCAGAGAAGAAGAUACAUCGAGACAUCAAGGGAGCCAACAUCCUCAUCAACGACUGCGGGGAGGUUAAGCUGGCUGACUUUGGGAUCUCAGCCCAGAUUGGGGCGACACUGGCCCGGCGCCUUUCUUUCAUUGGGACACCGUACUGGAUGGCUCCAGAGGUGGCAGCGGUGGCCCUGAAGGGUGGAUACAAUGAGCUGUGCGACAUCUGGUCUCUUGGCAUCACAGCCAUCGAGCUGGCUGAGCUUCAGCCCCCUCUCUUUGAUGUGCACCCUCUCAGGGUUCUCUUCCUCAUGACCAAGAGCGGGUACCAGCCUCCUCGGCUGAAGGAAAAGAGCAGAUGGUCAUCUUCCUUCCACAACUUUGUCAAAGUCACCCUCACUAAGAACUCCAAGAAACGCCCCAGUGCCACCAAGAUGCUCAGUCAUCAGCUGGUGUCCCAGCCAGGGCUGAACAGAGGCCUGAUCUUGGAUCUUCUUGACAAAAUGAAGAAUCCUGGGAAGGGGCUGCCUGUUGAUAUUGAAGAUGAGGAGCCUGAGCCACCCCCUGCCAUCCCUCGGCGGAUCAGAUCUACCUACCGGGCCAGCUCACUAGGGAUCCCAGAUGCAGACUGCUGCCGGAGGCAAAUGGAGUUCCAGAGGCCCAGAUGCGUGGACUGCAGACCUCAGGCUGAAACUGUUCGCUUAUAUCCCCCUGCACACUUCGGGAGCACCAGUCCCAGGAGUCAGCUGUCAGAUUCUGAUGACGACUAUGAUGAUGUGGACAUCCCUGCCCCUUCAGAGAACAUACCUCCUCCACUGCCCCCCAAGCCCAAGUUUCGGUCUCCAUCAGAUGAUGGUUCUGGAGGAAUUAGGGACGAUGGGCAAUUGAGCCCAGGGGUUCUGGUUCGAUGUGCAAGUGGGCCCCCUCCACGUACUCCCCGACCUGGACCUCCCCCAGCGACCUGCAGCCCUCACCUCACAGCUCGCUCAGAUCCCUCAUUGUGGAACCCAGCUGCUCCGGAGCCAGGCCAGCCCCCACUCGUACCCCCAAGGAAGGAAAAGAUGAGGGGAAAGAUGGAGAACGAGAAGCGCAGAGAGAAAUAUCCCCUUCUUGUGAAAUUAUUCAAUGGCUGUCCCCUUCAGAUCCACAGCACAGCUGCCUGGACACAUCCCUCUACAAAAGAUCAGAACCUGCUCCUGGGGGCAGAGGAAGGCAUUUUCAUACUGAACCGGAAUGAUCAGGAGGCCACGCUGGAAAUGAUCUUCCCUGGCCGCACAACCUGGCUCUAUUGCAUCAACAACCUCCUCAUGUCUCUCUCAGGGAAGACACCCUACCUGUAUUCUCAUAGCAUCCUGGGCCUGCUUGAAAGGAAAGACGGCAGAACGGGAAGCCCCAUUGCUCACAUUAGCCCUCACCGGUUACUGGCAAGAAAGAACAUGGUCUCCAGUAAGAUCCAGGACACCAAAGGCUGCCGGGCUUGCUGUGUGGCUGAGAGUGCUAGCUCUGGGGGCCCAUUCUUAUGUGGGGCAUUGGAGACGUCUGUGGUUUUGCUCCAGUGGUACCAACCAAUGAACAAAUUCUUGCUUGUCCGGCAGGUGCUGUUCCCGCUGCCCACGCCGCUGCCGGUGUUCACGCUGCUGACAACGCCGGGCUCCGAGCUGCCAGCUGUGUGCAUCGGCGUGAGCCCGGGGCAGGCGGCAAAGUCGGUGCUCUUCCACACCGUGCGCUUCGGUGCGCUGUCCUGCUGGCUGGACGACUCCAGCACGGAGCACAAGGGACCAGUGCAGGUGAUCCAAGUAAAGGAAGACAUGGUGAUGGUGUUGAUGGAUGCUAUGGUUGAAGAUCGACUCGAGGCCUUCUGGAAGCAUGGAGUUCAGGUGUGGGCUCCAGGCUUGAAACAGCCGCUGCAGGAGCUGAGAGACCCCACCCUCACCUUCCGUCUGCUCUGCUCCCCCAGGCCGGUAGUGGUGGAGACAAGGCCCACGGAUGACCCUACGGCCCCCAGCAACCUCUACAUCCAGGAAUGAGCCAUUGAGAGGGCAUGGGAAACGGAUGCCUGCAGACUCCUAACAGACGCACUAGUGGUCAUGACAUGACCUUAUCUCCCAAUAAACUUGACUUUAGUCUUGUCAUCUUGAAA